UGUAAUCAAUCAGCAUCUAUUUGUAGUUUAUAUAGAGAAUCUAUGGUUGCUAUCAUGUAGUCUGUGGUGAUUUUGACACAUGGAGUAUAAUCUGUAAGACCUGUUUUGAGGUUAUAUUUAUUUUAUGUCUUGCUGUUGCUGCUAUCGGAAUUAAAAUAAAGUAAAUUUGUUAAAGAAAACUAUGGAAUGCAAGAAGUGCAAAUGUAUAGGAACAGUUGUGUUAAGAAAAAAAGAUUAUUAUUGUAGCCAAUGUUUUAUUACAAAUGUGAAUCACAAAUUUCGUGCUAGUAUUGGAAAAAACAAAGUAUUUUCUUCCACAGAAAAAGUUUUAGUCGGUUUAUCAGGGGGACUGGGAUCAUCAGUUUUACUGGAUUUAGUACACGAUGGUGUUAAAUUAAAUACUCAUAAAAUUUUGAGAAUUAUUCCUGUUUGCCUUCACAUAACUGGUUUUACCAGUGAGGACAAAGACACUGAACUUUUAAACACUAUCAAGGAUAAAUGUACAAAAUAUGGGUUUGAUCUAUACACAGUUCAUAUUUCAAAUGAUUUUAAUGACAAUAUAGUUGUGCCCAUUAAUGGUGGUGUUGUUACUACAUCUCAAGAUGUAAUCAACAGAUUUAAUUCUAAAAAGACUAAAAUGUCUAAAACAGAAUGGAAUGAUUUCAUAGAAAAGAAAAAACAAAAACUUUACGUAAAGAUGGCCUGCAUACUACAGUGUUCAUGUGUCUUUACUGGAGAAACCACUACAACUUUAGCUUGCAACCUGCUGUCUAACAUUGGACUAGGCCGAGGGGCACAACUUCAUCAUGAUGUUGGAUUUUCGGAUACUAGACAUGAAACAGUGAAAGUACUGCGGCCCAUGAAAGAUAUAACUAAAGAGGAAUUAUCAAACUAUGCAGCUAUCAAGCUGAUAACAUGUCCACUUCCACAAGAAGAAAAUAAAAGCAAUAUGGACAGCCUGCAGUCACUUAUUAAUUCAUUUGUGGUUGAUCUACAGGAAAAUUAUUCUGCCACAAUAUCAACUGUUUGCAAAACAGCUGAAAAAAUUGGCUCUGCUGUUAAUGAAUGUGACAAAAGAUGUUUCCACUGUCAGAGUGACAUGAACAUCAAAGAAGACAAGUUAACGGCACAAGAAGCAACAAGUUUUUCCAAAGUUGUCUGCCUCAGUCAUCCCCAGCAACAAAAGAUGUUGGAACCUCAAUCCUUUAAUGAUACUGUGAAACAAUCUCUACCGCUAUAUUGCUAUUCUUGCAGUAGAAAUAAAGCAUUUUCUAUUAGUUAAUGUAAAUAAAUAAGUAGGUAUCUACUAUCUACACUAUUCUUAUGUUAUUAAAUAUAUUACCUACA